AUGCACUAUACCAAGAUCAUCCUCGCCGUCACUCCUCUGAGCGCUUUCGCGGUUCAGCUCAAUCUCCCCAGCAGUGAUAUCCCUUCGGCAUGCCGAGACACAUGCCAAGCCAUUAUGGAUGUUGCCAAUAGCUGUGCCAACAGUCAAUUGAGUGAUGACGUCGAGAAUCAAUGUGUCUGUGGCGAGCAAUCUCGUCAGAGCGCGUCUGAUUGCUACGGCUGCAUGCAUAGUAACAAUGGCCAUACUUCGAACAUUGACCAAAUCAUCAACGUUUGCCAUAUCGAUGGCGCCGCAUCUGGUGGAGGUAACGGGCACUCAACUACUCAUGAGCCUCUUGUAGCUUCGACUACAACUGCUGUAGCACCACCUGCUAAUUCUGACACCACGUCCACAGGAGGCCAUACUAGCACCACAUCCGCAGGAGGCCAUACUAACACCCCUACAAGUCCCCCUGCAGUUGUAACUGGAGCUGCAGCUGUUGGGACUGUUGCCAAUGGAGGCUUGGUGGGACUUGUGGCUAUGGCAGCUGCUGGUGCUGUUGGUAUGGGGCUUUGA